AAGGCGCGGUUACCGUGAACAGACGAGGCACUGCGCGCUGACUUCUGCAUGGGCAUGCCUCGAAGAGCUUGGCUUUAUCCUCGUAUACAAGAACCCAGUGCACGCUUAUAUCGCUGGACCAAAGCAUCAUGGAAACGAAUCCGCGAAAGAUUCAAUAGGCUGACUGUCACACAGCGGGUCCAAAAGACGUCUCGGAAAGCGCCUUCAGCUCAGCCAUUUCGUGGAUCAUCCCCGUUAGCUCAUCUACAGGAACAAGCGCAGAAGCCAGCAGCUGCGAGAGAAAGCAUCCGUCUCUCGAUAGCUGAAGUACCAGACACCCCGGACAGUGAGUAUCACAGUAAAGGGGGCAGGGCGACAUUUAAGCUAAUAUUUAGUAGCCCUUUGGAUUCGCUACGAGACACAACUUUCGACUUGACUCCAUAUGCCUCCGAAGAACGUUACCGCUUCAUCAACUGCGAUAGUUUCAUCAACGACCGUACUUUGCAGAUAUACGAAACCACAACCUUACCAACUAAUCCGGACUUUUAUUCGGCCAUUUCCUACGUAUGGUUCGGCUUAUCUGCUUCGCCAUCCGACCUAGAAAAGGCUGGCAGCUUCCGCGUUUACUGCGGUACUCGCAGCGAUGGUACCCCACGUGAGGAUGGAGGACCUAUCAGUAUGCAAGUGUUAGAAUUCGCAUGCUUUUAUUCUUCCAAAUAUUCUGCGUCAUACCUCUGGCUGGACAGGCUUUGCAUUCUUCAAACGAGUAAACGCGACAAGUUAUGGCAGAUCGGUCGAAUGUUUGAGAUUUACGAGGGAUGCCAGGAAUGUGUUGUCUUACCUGGAGGCUUGCAACGCCUGGCAUCGGUGUUCGAUGAGACGAGUUGGGCGGAUCGUGCUUGGACAUAUCAAGAGGCCAUCAUCACUUGGGAAUAUGCGGUAGUAUUGACAAGCGAUUGGCAUAGACCUAAGGGGGAACAGCAUUGGUUAGUGGAUGGGGAAUGUCACUGGAAGUAUCUGCAGGAGUUAUUCCUCGAGGGUGGUGAUUUACUGGCGCCUCUAGUAGCAGAGGUCAGAUCCCCAGACACUUCGAAUCCUGAUCCAAAACCUCGCCUGCUCCUUGGAAGAAACGGAGCCGCUCUAGAUACAUUGAGGCGGAUUAUGGAGUACAAAGCCUAUAAUCAUAUGUGCGAGGAAGGCGAAGAAGUGGUUAGCGAAUAUCAAAUACGCCAGCUGCUUUUACAAGGGGUGCAAAUGCGGGUAUCCUCUCGGCCGGUAGAUAUGGUUUUUAGUAUCUUGGGAUUGGUGGGUGCUGAAGAAGACUUCAGCCAACGGUUGGGAGAAUUCGGAGAAAAUGAGCGGUUGCGUGCAACGUUGGCAUUGGUUGAAACAAUAUUCCGCCACGAGCCGGAAGUAGAAGAGGAGGCAGAGAACAGUAGUACGUUACUCGAUGUUCCACUAUGGAAAACGCUGGAGCCGACGAAUCCUGCCCAUCUUCCAAGUCUCCGAGAGCUCACGAUGAUUCUGGAUACCGAUGCGGCGGCGCAUCAAGCAACAGAAACAUGGAUUUUAACAACGAAGAACCUCCCCAGAUGGGAAUACAAUGUAGCUCUGACGGAGGAGGAGCCAGAGAGACGAGCCAAAGCCGUAGUCCAAGUUAUACCCGAAACUGAGCUCAUGAGUGUGUACCAUGGUGAACAAGAACAUGUAACAUUCAAGGACGAAGAAGAAGGGGUCAUCCAGCUUUGUCGGACAUUAGAUUAUGGGAAGGGUCCAAAGUCCGAGGAGCAGCUGUUGGAGGCGCUUUCGGACCAUGUUGUUUUUGGAUGGAGUUUGAGGAUGGAGGGGCAUCCCUAUAUAAGAUUCUAUAAACUGGAUAUCUCCCACUUGUUUCAAUGACGAUACCUUGUCGACCCCGCCCUGGGUCUUUCAAACUUUUGUCAGAGACUCGGACGGCUGAACGCACACUGUCAGCGUUAAAUGAGGACAUGCGGAGCACGUAAACAUACUACAGUAUGCACAGACCCGACUCGGGAAUAGAACUCAUUGAUUGUUUUGGUUUUCGCGC